AUGUUAUGUGAGAUAUUGAUAAUAUUUUCGGUGUUGUGGCUGGCGGUGCACCGAUGGCACAGGAGGCGAAUGUUCGCGUUAUGGAAACAGUUGAAGAACCAAUACACCAUGCUGCCUUUUAUUGGACAUGCUUAUAUGUUUUUUGGGAGUGAUGAACAUAGAAUGAAAAUGUUUCAGCGGCUUGGAUUAGAGUCAAUAGAAAAAGGAGGAAUCAUGGGUCUGUGGCAAGGCAGCAGGUUUUACAUUAUGAUAGCAGAUCCAGUAAACGCUGAGUUUGUUUUAAAAACUUGCCUAGAAAAGGAUGAUGUCAUGAAGUGCUCUCGGCUACUUACUGGAAACGGCAGUGUGUUUGCUCCAGUGCAUAUCUGGCGUCCUCGGCGCAAAUUCCUAGCCCCGACAUUCAGUCCUAAGAAUCUGAUGAACUUUGUGAAAAUAUUUUCCAAGCAGAGUACUGUGAUGGUCGACAAUCUAAAGAAGGCCGCUGGGACUGGCACUUUUCCCAUAUGGAAGUACAUAACCUCGUAUUCUAUGGACUCUGUUUGUGAAACAACAUUAGGCGUUCAAGUAAAUGCACAGAAGCAGUCCGCCCUCCCCUUUUUGAAGGCAUUCGAAGAGAUAUGCAAAAUGGAUUCAGCUCGUAUCUGCAAGCCAUGGCUUCAAAAUGAAUCGAUGUAUAGAUUGAUGCCCGCCUACACACAAUAUAUGAACUAUAAGGCUAUGUUAUGCAAUUUCAUUGAUCAGGUAAUCAAAUCAAAACGCAAGUCGCUUGAAGAAGAGAAACAGAAAGCUGAGCCGGAUCAAAAAGUAGAUGCUGUCAAAACGUUCCUGGAGCUUUUAAUAGACUCUUCUGGUGGUGAGAAGGGGUUCAAUGAUGUUGAGUUGCAGGAAGAGACCCUGGUCAUGGUGCUGGCUGGUACAGACACCUCAGCUGCAGGAGCUGCUUUUGCAACCGUCAUGCUUUCUAAACAUCCUGAUGUUCAAGACAAAGUGUAUAAAGAGUUACAAGAAGUGUUUGGGGAUUCAGACCGACCUAUAGUAGCUGAAGACUUGCCUCGACUCAAAUACCUGGACGCCGUGGUUAAAGAAACUUUGAGACUGUACCCUUCAGUGCCAGUUAUUGUGAGGCGAGUGGACCAUGACGUCACACUUCCCUCAGGCCUAACGCUGGUAAAAGACUGUGGUAUAGUUAUAAACAUAUGGGCGGUACAUCGAAAUCCUAACUUCUGGGGAGACGAUGCCCAGGUGUUCAGACCAGACCGAUUCAUUGACACUCGUCAGAAGCAUCCAGCUGCUUACAUGGCGUUUAGUCAUGGACCAAGGGCUUGUCUUGGAUAUCAAUACGCGAUGAUGUCAAUAAAAACCGCAUUAGCAGCACUUUUACGCAAAUACAGGAUACUCCCGGCAUCAACGGGUGAUCGAAUGGCCCACGGCGACAAAAACAAACCCAUUCGAGUAAGAUUCGACAUUAUGAUGAAGGCCAUGGACAACUUUGCAAUACAAUUACAACCUAGGUUUAAAAUAUAAUUGUUAAAAAUAUAGUGUAGUUUGUAUACCAAUAAAAUAGUUUAUAUUAUAACUAACGACACCGCUCUUAGGUCCCAGGUUCGAAUCCCGGGAUGGGCAAACCGAUAUUGGAUUUUUCGACACAGUACCAGCUCCGAGUUUAGUGUUUGUUCCCGAUAUGGUAAUAGGAUCUUUCUCUAUUUCAUUGAAAAAUGGGUGCACGGUUGCCCUAAUCUACAUCGGAUAAAGGCGUGAUGGUAUAUAUUUUUAUUCCUGAAUAACGAAACGGGCAUGCCGCUUCUAUGAUGAUAAGUAACUGCCCUUAUAUCGUAGCAAAAACUUCGAUUAAUUAACUAAUAUUCGGUACUGAACUGCACUCGUCAUUCUGACUACUCCUAUAUACUAGACGCUCAGUACUUUUUAUCCAAAGCUUUUAUUUAACUUUCAAUGUUUGUAUGUAUGUAUCUAUAUACAUAUAGUUAUGUUGGGGUAGAAUCUCGCAACUGAAUUGUAAAGCAGUUAUCCUCAACCGAUUAAGUCGAAAUUCGAGGUCGACUCAAGAUGGCGGUCUAGUUAUUUUUUACGCACACCUUUAAUAUGGGUAUCAAAUUAAAUAAUUUUCUGAGAAAAAAAUGAAUAAUAAAGUGACGUCUGAGUUCAACACUUCCAGGAGAUAAUGUAGUCAGCCUGGCUCAACGGUAAGAGUUGUGAGGUUCUGUCUUAACUAAUAUCGACUAUAGCCUCGGCAAAUUCUAGCGGUGUUGAAAAAAUCCCAAUGGUGGAAAAUAGGAUGAUAUUAAGUUAGAAAUAAUUUGUUGGUGCUGUGAACAAUAAAAAAAAUAAAGAUGGCGGAUCCAAGAUUUUAUUUAUGGUAAGUGGUGGGGUCCGAUAAAAU